AUACUGCCUCCAAGUACUCCUUCGGCGGAAGGCGCGACGUCUCCUAGGAAACCCCCAGAAACCCAGAAGGCCUCUGAGGUUGCUGUGCCCCCCCUAGGCGAGAGGAACAGAAUCACCCAGGAGCUGGAGACUGACGCCCAGAACCUCUGCCUGGACCUGCUGCCUUACUUUGAGACUAGAGAGCAUGGGCGAUUUUUACACACUGAAGAUUGCUUUAAAAAUCCCUACCUUGCCAGGUACUGGGGUCUCCAGUAGUCCUUUUUGCACUUUCUGACUUCUUAUCAGAUAUUCCAGAAGGCUGCCCCCUUUAACAGGAGAUCCAUAUCCUUCAUGCACCUGACUCACCCCAGCACCCUGGCUCUGAGUUCCCAAGGGGGAGAUAUGCUGUGGAACAUUGACAUAAUGGAUAAACCCGCCUGCAUUAAAGGGGUGAGCAGUUUCCGUGCCAGACAGUAGUGCAAAAGAAGUGUUUGUUGAAUGAAUAAAAAGUUAUCCAGUAAAUACAAAAACAAAAAAAUUUAAAAAGUCAUCCAGUACCAAGGAGAUGAUUGGGAUAAAAAAUAACUAUCAGUACUA